CACAAUUAGUUGAACGUUGAUAUCUGUUCAACAGAAAUCUCUUAAAAUACGUAUACGUUGGCGGCGAGUGAUCAGCUGAAAUCAUGUGUUUUUGGUUCGCAACCCAAUUUACCAACUUAAUGGAAGAAUGCACCAGCAAAUUGUGUUGUGUUGGGGUCGGCCGUUCUUAGCAUACAUAUUGGACAAAACGGUGAGAACUAUUCACGAGCGUUCAUGUUAACCGUAGAUAUGACAGUAGCAUACAGGAGAUCACCGAUUCUCUGCCAAAUGUUUAUAUGUGCCGCUAUAAAAGAGUGACUGCUCAAAAGAGAAUGUCCUCAUCAAUGCAAUAAAGUCUGCUUUCUUUUGGCCUAUAAAUAUUUUCAAUGGAACAUUAAAUCGGACGUCAGAUAUUCACUAUACACGGAGGAGUCGUCCAGGGCCUGGAAUAUCAAUCCAAAUCUUGGGAAAAUGUAACAUGAGCGCUUCGGAUUAACGCAAGGCGGGAACCUUUCUUACCUCAACAGAUUCAUUGGAAAUUUUAUCACCAUCUACCUCAGCCUUCCGCUUAAGGUUGUUCUAUUCACAAAACCACUCUGUCUCCUAAAAGUGCUUUAAGCUGCUAUAAUAUACAGCCAAAACGAUGAUGCGAAUGACACAAAUCUAUGGACAUGCCGGUGACAGAUCGACAGAAAAAGAAAUAAGUUUCAAAAAGACUAACGAAAUGAAGCACGUUUGUUUAGUGUCUUACUUGAGAGCAUCGAACAUGACCAAAGACCAGUACGAAAAACUCCGAGAAGUGUUCGCCCUGUUUGACAAAGAGGGCAAUGGUUGUGUCGAAGCUAAAGAUCUGGGUGCAGUAUUCAGGGAGAUGGGUCAGAAUCCCUCCGAGGGUGCCUUGGCCGAGAUGUUGAAGGAGGCUGGAAUAAGUGAAUCAGGCGAAGUUGAAUUCCCAACGUGCUGUGAGAUGUUACAGGAGCACACGAAAGAACAGGAACAACAGCUGGAAGACAUGAGACAGGCGUUCAGGCAACUGUUUGAUAAGGAAAACACGGGGGCGGUGAGAGCAUCAGAACUUCACGCCACAUUGACCUGCAUGGGUGAGAAGAUAUCAAAUGGAGAGCUAGACGAGUUGAUACAGCUCGCUGAGAAAGACGAAACAGGCUUGAUUCUCAUAGAAUCAUUCAUUGAUAUCAUGAUAGCCAAACCUACGUAGCCAGUGAAAGGAGAUGUUCCAUUUUGCAUGCAGGAGGCAGAACUUCACGUUUGCUGCAAACGCAAAACGAAGUUCAAUCUUACCACCUCAGAAGUGACCAUCAAGCAUCAAACCCACUACCAAAAACAUAUGAUAACAAAGACUACUAUCAUCCAUCAGUUCCACAUAUCACAGUUGUCAUACUAUUUCAUGAUCAUGUGAUAUUCUGUUACAAAAAAAUUACGGGUGCUGUCAACAGCCAACAUAAGGGAGAGGCUAUACGUACGCGUUUAAAUCUGUGAUAAAUUUGUUUGUAAAUAUUAAAUAAAACCUACUGGUAC